AUGACACACGACCGACCCAACAGAGCAAAAGGAGUCAAGUGUGCUGUGCGAAAGCAGCAAAUACGAAGAAGCAUCACAGAGCCGUUCUCAAACAUCGGUCACCCGGAUUAUGCUUAUGACGAUCGAAAUUCUUACGAGGGCGAUGGCAACCCGAUCAAGGUGGCAUCAAAACAUCUAGAUCCUGAAAAUACAUUGAUAUUGCGGCAAGGAAAACCGCUCAUGGUUGAAUGUGUCUAUGCAAGGGAUGAUAUUGCAGACAUUUCUGAUCUACAAUGGCAUAAAAUUGGUGCUAGGAUUAUUGAUGGAAGCAGUAGCUCAAGUAUAUUCACCACUGGACUCUUGGAACAUGGGACGCGUUAUAAAAAGAAAAAUCUCCACUUUACGUCCAUACACAAACGCGAUGAGGGCACAUACGAGUGUCGGGCAAGAAGUCUUGGAGGACAGACCUAUUCAAGAGCUGUGAAAGUAGUGGUUUUAAAUGAUAUACGAUGGAAUGAUGAAUCGCAUUCUGCUGGAGCUCUUCUUGGCGAACCACUUACCAUCGACUGUGGAGUGAAUGGGGAUGAUGAAGAGCAUCAAAUCACAAUUACCGAUAGCGAAGGGGAAACCUUGGAUCCAAGCAUGUACACAAUCGCUGGCAAGGAAGUGACCGUGGAGCGUCUUACCAAAGACUACGAUGGAAAGAAGAUCAGCUGUGUUCAUAUCGAAUCCUAUGGCAAAGAUGAACUUCCAAUCAUUGACAGGCGUGAAGUGAACAUCGACGUAUGGUACAAGCCUGAAUUUGAAAAAGCGUCUGCUGAUCAAUAUACUAUAGUGGAUGAGAAGUCUCGAGAGGUGGAACUACUCUGCGCUGUCUCAGCUUCAAACCCACCACCAAUUCUUUUUACAUUUUAUCGUGGAGGAAAUGAACUAACUGAUCCUUCGAAGUACAAUGUGACCGUUGACAACGAUCAUAAAUGGGCUAAAUUGAGGAUUUUUGACGUGGACGAGGACGACUUGAGUGAAUAUCGCUGCGAAGUUAAUAAUGGAAAAGCUAAAAACACAAUGACCAUCCAUUUGAAGGAAACUAACCCACCAUCCGAACCUAAAGUCACAUUAUACAACGUUAAGAAACAUGCAAUCACAUGGAAGAUUGAAAAUAAAGAGGAAGAAGGAGAACUUCCAAUCAAAGAUAUAGAAAUCGAUUAUCUAAGAAAAGCUUUGGUGGAUGAAAAAUUAGAGGAAGACUCGGAUAGCAUUAGCGAUAGUUUCUGGAAUGAACAUGGUGUGAAACAUAAAAGAAACAAAAGUGUGUCUGGUCUUUACGAAAUCGGUGGACUUCUGCAGGCUUCAGAAUAUGUUUUCAAAAUUCGACAGUUUAGUGAAGCGGGUGAAGGUCCCGCUGUCAUCCUUCGAGCUACCACAGAAGAAGAUGCAACUUUUAAACAGGAGCUUACCUCGUCUCAAAGCUCGUCAAGCUUCUUAACAACGACAACUCUGCUCCUUACCUUACUCUACCAACUCCAUCACUAG